AUGAUGCGGACUACAGCACCCGGGACCCUGUCCCGCGGCGAGUUCGGUGCUCGCGUGGGGGCCGACCGCGUGCUGCGACUGCUACGCGACUUCAAUGUCAAGAGCACCUGGUUCGUGCCGGGCCAUACGAUCGACACCUUUCCCGAAGUGUGCUCCAGGAUCGUUGAGGCCGGACAUGAGGUCCAACACCAUGGCUACGCCCACGAGCCCCUCGAAGGUCUCGAUAGAGCCACUGAGACCCGGUACCUGGAGCAGGGCAUGGAUGCCAUCGAGCGGCUCACCGGCCGGGCCCCCGUCGGCUAUCGCUCUCCCUCCUGGAACCUCAACGCUCAUUCGCCGCAGUUGCUGGUCGACUACGGGUUCCAAUACGACAGCAGUCUCAUGUCACAUGACCUGCGGAUGUACUGGUUGCGCGAUGGCGACAGGGUGGACGAGAACCAAAGCUAUUCGUUCGGUAGCCCCACCUCCGUCGUGGAAGUACCGGUCAGCUGGAGUCUGGACGAUUUCCCGCCUUUUACCUUCGUGUGGGAGCCGUUGCGGCCCGGAUACGGAUCCACUGAGGUCAUCAGCGGAGACUGGUUAGACCACAUCGAGUAUGCCUUGGAACAUGAGCCCAACGGCGUGGUCAACAUCACCAUGCAUCCACAGUCCGUCUCGCUAAGGAGAAUCACCUUGUCGAAACGUUCUGCUAACGAAUUGUCCGUAGACGGUGUCUCGAAGCAUUUCGGCGGCGUCGUGGCGCUCAACAAUGUCUCAUUGGUGGCACGCAGUGGUGAGAUCGUCGGUCUCAUCGGACCGAACGGUGCUGGCAAGACUACAUUGGUAAACGUGAUUACCCGCGUCACCGAUGCUGACACCGGCACAGUCACACUGAACGGUCAGGACCUAUCCCCCCUAGGACCCGCUCAUGUGGCCCGCCUCGGCGUUGCCCGUACCUUUCAGCACAUUCGUCUCUUUGGAGCACUGACUGUCUACCAGAACGUGGAGGUGGCACUAUCGGUAGCUCGCCGCCAUCGGGGGUUCAUGCCGUCCCUCGAUGCAAACGACCUCCUGACCGACGUUGGACUACAAGAUGUAUCUGAUCGUGAAGCUAACACUCUCUCCUAUGGACACCAGCGACGGCUUGAAAUCGCUCGGGCUCUUGCGCUAUUUCCAGACUUCUUGCUCUUGGAUGAGCCGGCCGCCGGUGCAAAUGAAGCAGAAUCUGAAGAACUCAACAAUAUGGUCAAACGGAUCAACGAGGAGUCCGGCUGUGGGACCCUUGUCAUCGAUCAUGACCUUCAAUUUAUCAUGAAUAUCUGUGAUCGUCUCUAUGUGUUGGAUGAGGGCGAGAUCAUCGCACACGGAACACCCGCUGAAGUUCAAAGAGAUCAAAGAGUGGUGGAGGUAGUAUAUCGGAAAGGGAACCGCAAAUUAUAG